AUGACGAGGAUCAUGCGGAAGGCCAAGACGCGGGAAACGCCGAGGAGGAUGGCCUGGUUCACUCGAACAAGUCUUCUCACAAUGCUUUGGCUCACUUCUCUCUGGCCUUUGUCGCCAAGCCUUCAGACGGAUAUGCAUCCAAACCUUGACACACACGACGAUUUAUCGACGAAAGCCACAACGAUCAAGGCUGGCUGUGGCGACCGAAGUCCGGUAUGA